UGGUUUCUGGGACUGAUAUAUCACAGACAUGGCGUCUCGUGCGCUUGCACACUCUGUGCGCUCCAUCGCUCGCGCUGCUGCAAGGUUUAAUGAGGGCAGUGUGCUCACGAGAUCCGCCUGUGCACCCCUCGUCUCAAACCAACGACCACUCUCUGUCAUUUCAUGCAAUCAGCGGACGAGGUGUACUGAACUAGUGCGGAUUACAGGACCCUCUGUUCAGCUGUGUCGACAUUAUGGGGAUCUUCCACCCCUCACAAUAGAGAGCGUCCGAGACCGUGUUAUGUACGUCCUAAAACUGUAUGACAAGAUCAAUCCAGAGAAGCUUCAGACAUCGACUCAUUUCAUGAAAGAUUUGGGACUGGACAGUUUGGACCAAGUGGAGAUUAUAAUGGCUAUGGAAGACGAGUUUGGAUUUGAGAUCCCAGAUGCAGAGGCGGAGAAGCUUAUGACUCCUGCGGAAAUCGUACAGUACAUUGCAGAUAAAAAAGAUGUUUAUGAAUAGAGGCAUAUCAUAUGGUAUGGAGGAUUGACUCUGUAUUAAAACAAUAUGGACUUUGGAUCAACUGUAUUUGGGCAGUGUCCAGAUUCUGUUGUACUUUUUUCUGUCUCUGACUUAUGGAGUCAACUGCCUUGUCCUGUGUUGCUGUAUUGUGGCUAUAAACUCUUGGGAGCUUGAGCUGAAAAUAAAGCAGAGACAAAAUGGUAA